UGUUUUCAGAGACUGUGUUUGAUUCAGAGGUUGGGAGACUCAUAACUACUUUGUGUUACAGCGGAAUACUGAUCUGUAGGAAAUGUAGGAUUUUAUUAUUGUAUACAAAAGCCGGACAUUGGACCCAGGACGCUGUGUUUCAGCCGUAUUUCACUAUCUUAUCAUCACACUUUGAACACUCGGGCUCCACAGAAAACACUGUCAUUAAUGACGUCAUUGUUUUAAACCGUUAUUUGUCCGUUAGUCUGGUCGUUUGCGUCAAUGCAGUCUGAGCUCGUAAUACUGAUUUCCGAAAACACUGUAACCAGCUGUCGUUUGACAGGAGACUGUCCUUGGCUAGCCGAGCUAGACUGAGCUAAACAACGAAUACAAACCCUCCGCGUUCACUGUCGGUGAGUUUGAGUCGACCGUUGUCUGUUGCUAGUCCUAAAACGUUCACAACACCAACAGGAUGUGAAGACGGAGAACCUAAAACCGGAGUCCGGGAGCUCAUCCUAACUCAGCUAGCUAACAUAUCUAGCAUGAUCCUCUACCAACCUCUCGGAUGGGAUUGUGACACAUAACGAGAACUAUGCGUUAGCAUUAGUUUUGUUCAAGACAGUAUCAAGAAACCCUUAAGUGCUAACUCAACGUCAGUUAACGUUAAUGUUGUGAUGGUGUUUUAAUCCUCUGUUUUGCUCUCAUUUGGUUGUGUGCAGCUGAGUUCAUUACAGGCUCGUGUGUGUGUGUGUGUGUGUGUGUGGCUCCCUACCCCCUCAGGUAAGAGCUGAGGUCUGGGAUCAGGUCUUGGGCUGAUGUCAGACAGUCCUGGUGCAGAGGGGGGUCUAUCUCAGGCUGCCCCAAACAUCAACACCCGAGACCUGUUUGACAACCCCACUCAGACUGUGGCAACAGAGAACAGGCCUGAGGAUCAGGUGUCGCCUGCAGUGGAUGAGGCCUCCCCUUCUUCCACGUCCUCCUUUGAGAUGGUGGACACGGAGUCGGUCCCUGCUCCUUAUCAAGAAGUGCAGCCUCACUGGUUCUUCUGUCGACGGGCCGAUGGUAACACCUCCUGGCUUCCUUUCAGCAGAGAAGACUCUGACAAGCUAGACAGGGCCUGCCACGCUGUGGGAGACCGGGAGGAUGAUGUGGUGAUAGCUGUGGAGGGAGAGCGGUAUGACGUACAUGUCAAGGAGAGGAAGCGCUACGCUGUGUACUGGGAGCAAGGCCCCACUGAAGUACGCCGCUGUACCUGGUUCUAUAAAGGAGACAAAGACACCAGGUUCAUGCCUUACUCCGAGGACGUCAGCAAGAGGCUGGAGGACGCCUAUAUGAUAGCGGUGACCUUGGACGAAUGGAAAAGUAAAGUGGAAUUUCCCAACGGAGAGUCUGUCAUCUUACACAAUCCGAAGCUUAUAAUGCAGUAUCAGCCAAUAGCAUUGCAGGAUGAGUGGGCGUCCUCCCCCUCGGAGCAGGGACGGCCUCGCACAGUCAAGAGGGGAGUGAACAACAUCUCUGUAGAAAUACCUGAUGGUGAACCUGAAAAGGUGGACCACCUUGUCUUUAUGGUCCAUGGCAUCGGCCCUGCGUGCGACUUGCGCUUCAGAUCCAUCAUACAGUGCGGUAGGUGUGAGUUUUGUGUCUUGCAGUGGAGAGCAGAGCAGCAACAGCAGCAGCGUGAGACACGUUUCCCCCUCAUGAGCGUCAACAGCGCAGAAGGGCAGGAUGAGAAAGCAGAGCAGUUAAGCAAGAGGAGGAAGUGA